AUGAGACUUCUCACCAGCACAGCAACCAGGGCCGUCACGACAGCGAGAGCGACGGGAGCGACAAGAGGGUUCGCCAGCACACCAACGAAGCGAUCCGGGGAUUCCCACGCGGAUCACUACGAUCCACCGGGCGGAUGGCUGUUUGGCGUUAAACCGGGGGAGAAGGCUAAGGUGGAGGGGUGGGAGAAUAUUUGGAUGUAUGGGUUUUUUGGGAGUUUGGCGGUGGGGGUUGUGGGGUAUGCUUUUAAACCUGAUACUUCGAUACAAACCUGGGCACUCGAAGAAGCUCGAAGAAGAUUAGAAGUCGAAGGCAUCCUCAAAGAACCGGAAGAUAAAUCAUAA